AGAAGCGCAGCUCUUCCUAGUAAUCAGUCCAACGUCAACAGCCCCGCAAUGAAGUUCUACGCGAUCGCUCUUCUAAUCUUUGCCUCUAUCAUUUCCCUCGCCCUGGGAGCAUCGCUCCCUCGCUCCGAGGACGACUGGGUAAAAAUCCGCCGGACCUGUUACAACCUGCUGCGCUCCAGUCCGGAAGUGCGCGAACGCGUCGACCGCAAGCAGUACGACGACGAGCCGGAAACGCACUGUCUGAUCCGGUGCGGCGGCAUCAUCUCCGGGCUGUACGACGAUGAGACGGGGACAAGCAUGGAGGCGGCGGCCGCGCUGGCCAAGGGAAAGCAAGGCUUCGAGGAGUAUAGGGCGGCGUUCGAGACGUGUGCGGCCGGCGUUACGCCGGAGGAGUACGGCGACGACUACUGCAAGAAGAGCUUCCGGCUGUUUACGUGCUCGUGGGCGGCCUGGCGGAAGUACAUCAAGAAGGUGGAGUGAGGGUUGUGGGAGGUGGAUUCUGAAGAAUUUAUGAAAUAAAUAGACUACGUGAAUGGUU